GUGUACUCCAGAGAACAAAUCUCUAGACAUCUUUGCCAUAUUGACUUUGAGCUGUCAGGGGACUCAGGCUUAUGAGGAGGUUCUGUCACACAAAGCAGUGUCUAGUGAAGACGACAAGAAAGAGAGGAAAGGAUCGGAAAAAGAAGCUAAAAUACUAUAGAAAAUCAUGAGAUCUAUUCGCUCUUUUGCCAAUGAUGAUCGCCAUGUGAUGGUGAAACAUUCAACAAUUUAUCCAUCUCCGGAGGAACUUGAAGCUGUUCAGAAUAUGGUGUCUACUGUUGAAUGUGCUCUUAAACAUGUCUCAGAUUGGCUGGAUGAAACAAAUAAAGGCACAAAACCAGAGGGGGAGGCAGAAGCGAAGAAAGAUGAUGCUAUAGAAAACUAUUCCAAGGAUCAAGGUGGCCGAACAUUGUGUGGUGUCAUGAGGAUUGGCCUGGUUGCAAAAGGCUUGCUGAUUAAAGAUGAUAUGGACUUGGAGCUGGUUUUAAUGUGUAAAGACAAGCCCACAGAAACACUGUUAAAUACAGUCAAAGAUAAUCUUCCUAUUCAGAUUCAGAAACUCACAGAAGAGAAAUAUCAAGUGGAGCAAUGUGUAAAUGAAGCAUCAAUUAUAAUUCGGAAUACAAAAGAACCGACACUAACUUUGAAGGUGAUACUUACUUCCCCUCUAAUUAGGGAUGAAUUGGAGAAAAAGGAUGGAGAAAAUGUUGCAAUGAAAGAUCCUCCGGACUUACUGGACAGGCAGAGAUGCCUGAACGCCUUGGCGUCUCUUCGACAUGCCAAAUGGUUUCAGGCAAGGGCAAAUGGAUUAAAAUCAUGUGUAAUUGUCCUCCGCAUUCUGCGUGAUUUGUGCAACAGAGUUCCCACAUGGGCACCGUUAAAAGGAUGGCCACUAGAGCUUAUAUGUGAAAAGUCUAUAGGUACUUGUAAUAGACCUUUGGGCGCUGGGGAGGCCUUGAGACGAGUAAUGGAGUGUUUGGCAUCUGGAAUACUACUUCCUGGGGGUCCUGGUCUACAUGAUCCUUGUGAGCGCGACCCAACAGAUGCUCUCAGUUAUAUGACUGUUCAGCAAAAGGAAGACAUUACCCAUAGUGCACAGCAUGCACUCAGACUAUCAGCCUUUGGCCAGAUUUAUAAAGUGCUGGAGAUGGAUCCUCUUCCAUCCAGUAAGCCCUUUCAGAAAUAUUCUUGGUCAGUUAAUGAUAAAGAAGGUGCUGGGUCUUCAGCUGUAAAGAGGCCAUUUGAGGAUGGAUUGGGGGAUGAUAAAGACCCCAAUAAGAAGAUGAAACGUAACUUAAGGAAAAUUCUGGACAGUAAAGCAAUAGACCUUAUGAAUGCACUAAUGAGGCUAAAUCAGAUCAGGCCUGGGCUUCAGUAUAAGCUCUUAUCUCAGUCUGGCCCUGUUCAUGCUCCUGUUUUCACAAUGUCUGUAGAUGUCGAUGGCACAACAUAUGAAGCCUCAGGACCAUCCAAGAAAACAGCAAAACUUCACGUAGCAGUGAAGGUAUUACAAGCAAUGGGAUACCCAACAGGCUUUGAUGCGGAUAUUGAAUGUAUGAGUUCCGAUGAAAAAUCAGAUAAUGAAGGCAAAAAUGAAAUAGUGUCUUCAAACUCAAGCAAUAAUACUGGAAAUUCUACAACUGAAACCUCCAGUACCUUAGAGGUAAGAACUCAGGGCCCUAUCCUCACAGCAAGUGGCAAAAAUCCUGUCAUGGAGCUUAAUGAAAAAAGAAGAGGUCUUAAGUAUGAACUGAUCUCAGAGACUGGUGGAAGCCACGACAAACGCUUUGUGAUGGAGGUAGAAGUAGAUGGGCAAAAAUUCAGAGGCGCAGGUCCAAAUAAGAAAGUGGCGAAGGCAAGCGCAGCGCUAGCUGCCCUCGAGAAGCUGUUUUCUGGACCCAAUGCAGCAAAUAAUAAGAAAAAGAAGAUUAUCCCUCAGGCAAAGGGUGUUGUGAAUACAGCUGUGUCUGCAGCAGUCCAAGCUGUCCGUGGCAGAGGAAGAGGAACUCUAGCAAGGGGAGCUUUUGUUGGGGCCACAGCUGCUCCUGGCUACAUAGCUCCAGGCUACGGAACCCCAUAUGGUUACAGCACAGCUGCCCCUGCCUAUGGUUAAUACUUUUAAGCAGUUUUCAGCACGCUUAUCUCACUUUAUUCUCGUUCUCCUCGGACCUUCGUAGCCAUAUCACUUGUAUAAAAUAGGCCGAACUGUAGUGACUGUAAGCUGUGAUCUCAGUAUAAAAAGGUAAGCUCUUUUAUUUUCUGAUUAAAGAGAAAAAUAACUGAAAGUCAAUUUACACGCAACAUGCCUAUGUGACAAUCAUACAGGAUGUGUUUGAUCUCUUAGGUCUUAUGUCAUCAUCCCACCUUUAAAAACUUGAUAGUGUAAAUGUAAAGUAGUUGUUUUCAGCACUUGUUUUAAUACCCUUGUAAUUACUUUCUACUCAAGAAAGAAAUUUCACAUUUGCUAGAUUGUGUGUGUAUACAAACUUAUUACAUGUAUGUAGACUACAUACACGUAACUGCUUUAAAUACAAGAAUUUAGUGGUAGGGACAGUUCACCUAAGAUUUUAACAUCAGAGCCCUCUUUUGGCCAAAGCUCUGGCAUUUGUAUAAGCAGCAAGAUUGGUAACAGCGCUGGUGGGUCCAUUUGUAUGUAGCUGUUACUUAAGCUGAGGAUCAAAGUGCCAAUUUCUCCAGGAGAGAAACCUCUUCGAGGAAUGAAAAGCUCUGAUCUGUGUUGUAUGACUACAACAGCAGCAAGAAGCCAUAUGUUUAAAAAGCAAUAGAAACUAAAACCAAAAUAUUAAGGUAACUAUGGAGAAAUAUGUAAUUGAUAGAGUUGUUAAGCUACUUGAGAACCGACUUGGGCGAGACUCAGAAUGGUGAACACCCAGGCAGCAGAGACCAAGUCGAUGUCGGGCAGGCUAUCCAUCCGUCUUUCCAGGUUAAGGAGUUAGAUGAUUUAUUUCCCACUGUAGUCCUCCGUCACGGAGUCCAUCCUACGAGACGGGAGGGUUAGGUAAGGGAUUGUAAUGAUCCCCUUGGGUUAGUCUGUGUCUCACAAAUGCAUUUCAUAUGUGUGAGCUGUCUGUGCUAGGGCUGUAUUUGAUAAAUAUAAAUAUAUAUAUAUACAUAGAUAUAUAGAGAUUAAAAUGAAUCUUAUGUUUUAUAUUUGUUUAUAAGUAGCAGUUUUCUUUAUAUUACUAACUUUAAGGUUGCUGGAACAACUUUUUUUUCCCAUACAGAAUCUGUAUAUACAUUUAAUGUGGCUUUGGCAUUUAUACGAAAAGUUGUAUGAGGUUUAGCUGACUAGUACCAAGUGCAACCCAAACCUGCUCAAACAGCUGAAUGCCUCUCAGGUGCCAGCUCCUUUUCUAGGGGAAAAGGAAACAGAGGCUCUGACCAGUGAAGAGUGUUGGUGGAGUUGAACCUGCUAUAAAGAUCCUAGUUUGGGAGAUAAAUUGUGUUUGCAGUGGCAACAGAGUUGUUUCUGCUAUUUAAUAAUCCAAUCCUUUAAUGAUAAUAGCACAGAAAUGGAACUGUUUCCUUCGCCAUUUUGAGAACCUGAAAUCAACUCCGCUUUGUGUUUCACGGACCUCUUUCUAUUGAAGGAAGUGGACGGAGUGAAAUGAGUACCAACACUCCCGUCCUUUGAGAGCAGUGUGGACGGGGUCACAAGUUAAAGUGGUAGUUAUAACAGGGACCAUGUAUUUUGGAUGACGUGAGAAGAAUGUGACCUUUAUAAUCAGUCAUUCAUUGUCAGUCCCUAGGUUUCUUAGAUUUUAUUAUUAACUAGUGAAAAGCAAUCUUCAGUACUGAGUUAGGGAAAAGAAAUAAGGGGAAUUCUUAAUCCGCCCCUCUUAAAGUUGCAAGAUUUCUAACAUCACAAGCCCUAGAACUGUAGGGCCUACCUGGCAUUUCCAUACCAGGAGUAUUAGGAGCGCUCUCUGAAUAAUCUUCAUGUAAGUCCUAUUUGUCAUAGGCCAGUCUCUGAAGGCCGCUGAAGGCCUCAUACAAUCAUGGCGCAGGCUCUGCAGCGCUCUAGUGGCCGGAGGUUCCUCGGCAUUACAAGGCGGCCUGGGGGAAGAGUAGUGUAGAUGAAGAACCACGUUCUGCUGCGGUGCAUUUCAGUGUUGAUGUGUUUCUCUCUGGCAGUUACAUAGAGGGCAUCUGGAAGAUGCUAAGAAUUCGUCCUUUCCUAAUAGCACCUUCCAGAAAGGUUUUAAGUCAAGAAUUCAAGUGGAGUUAGUUGUAAGAAUGAACAUUUUUUUUCUUCACUACACCAUUUUAGGUGGGCGCUAACAUGCUUGAAGCAAUGAUCUUUGGAUUUUUUUUUAAGCAGCAUAAUUUAAAGUAGGUUAUGUAAGCUUUCUAGCACAGCUGGAAAUGGGGACUAGAAACCAUGUGGAUAUCUGGGCCAAAGCAUUUCUUUUCAUCCAGCAAAUUCCCAGGAGGUUCAGGAAUUAGUUAAUACACAGAGGGCUUUGAUCAGUACCUGGCACAUACUCAGUACAUGGUGGAAAGGACGCAUGUGAGGGAGGCAAAGGUAUGUGGAUGGGGCUGAGAAGCUGGUGGGCGUGUGGCUGCCUGCCUGCUUGUGGCUUGUACAGCUGGCUCUUUAGUGCUAACUGGGUUGGGAGGCCAGCGACCUCUGGGAGAGGACGGCUCCUUAGCAUCGGGUUGGACAAGACAUGCCAACCAAAGACCUGGUGAGGGCUGCUAUGGUGAAGCCACUAUGAAAGCAGAACGACAUCGCUGGUUUCUGCUCUGGUAGUUAUUUAUAGCACCGGCGAGGCUUCUUCCAGGGACUGAUAAAUACUUGAUUUGGGCUUUAAGGGUGCUUAGAACUUCUACUAAAGGGCUGCACUUAGUGCACCUACCUGCUGACUCCAAGUUUCCUCCCUUGCAUUCAUAAUGAGAACGUGUAUUUGAUGACGGUGAGCUCUGGAGCUCAACCUUCAGUGCUCACCAGGGCUUGGAAGGCUACAGGCUGCGCCAAGUGGUCCCAGCAUGUCAGACAAGCCAACAUCAGCUGGACAUGGAGCGCUCCAGAGUCAUCCUCUUUGCUGCUGUAUGGCCAACAGGAUAGAAUGGCAUCAGCCUGGCUGUGGCUAAGAUAUCCUCUCAGCACUCCCUGAGAGCCCAGCCUCAUUGUAGUGUUUUCUACCUUGAACCCAUUGUAUAGUUUGGGCUAAUGAUCUUUGCAAAUGCUCCAGGUAAAUCAGUGACUCGGUUGGUGUAGGUCCUUUGGGGUGCUGGGCAGCAGUAGACCGAAGCAGUAGACCGAAGCAGCAGCAGUGAGCUUGGAAAUUAGAGGAAGGGAAGUGGGGCUAACACUGGAAACUUUCAAACACCAGGCACUUGGACAUUUUCAUUUCCUUCUCAGAACCUUCUUGGAACUGGGUCUGAGUCAGGAAUGGAGCCCAGCUCUAUUCAACACCCAACAAAGCGCUUUCAACUAUACUACAGCCUGAAGGCACAGGCUGGGGAUGGAGAGCAGGAGCUGGUGGGCAACGAGCAGGUUGCAGUCAGCCUGACAUCAGGGGCCAGAGCCUGGGCCGACCCCGGACCUGCAGGCUCCCGGGAAUCCAGACCCUCAGCCAUGCAGUCAUUCCAGACCUAAUAGCCUGGUUUAAAGACAAGGGUAGUUUCUUUCGAAACAACUGGAUGAUUGUUUGGAUAGACUUUUUGAUAGAUGAGAUGUGGCUUUAUAAACCAAGGAAGUUUGUUGUAUUUGAAGCGUGUUUUUAUGCAUGGGCAUCACUGAGAGACGGGUCUGUGGUUCAUUUAGCCUCUUGUUUCUGAGCACCCAUUUGCUGUCCUGCCUGAGAUAGGUCCUGCAGGUAGCUUAAGCAAUUUGAGCCAAACUCUGAGGGCUGGUGGGGUAUAAGGAAGAGGGUUUGGAAUGCGAAUGUGGGGAGCUGCCCUGUGGUCAGAUUGGAGGGACAGGUAGAGAUGGGGAUAGCAGACUGCAGAUGCUGGUUCCAUUGCUGGGUGUUCCCCCAAUACCAGCCUUCAGCCAGUCUUUCCUGGAGGCUGAGCCCUGCUCGGGGAGCUCUGGUGGAGCUGGCUUUGAGGUCAGUGACACACUACUGCUAGUGAACUUAGGAUUCUCCUGCGCACAGUCUGUCAGUCACACGAGCUCCUUUGCUAAAUAAUGCCCGUGGGUUCUCUGCUUAGGAGCUGGUGGGGGUGGGGAUGGACAUAGAAUCCUUUUCAGGGAAAGAUACUUCUCACUCAACCCAAAAGGAUGCUCUUCCUUGACCAUGCAGUUUUUCUGAGCAACCUAUCUUAGGCUGGAGAGGGGCAGGAGAGAAAGGAGUGUGGCGGUAAGCGCAGGCUACAUGAGUUCUGGUGCACUGGCUUGUGUGAGCAGAAGGGGCUCCUGGCCUCGGUUGAAUACAGCACUUUGCAGAGCCCCAUAACAUCUGGGGCAGUGGCAAUGCAGGGGUUGUUGUCCCCACUCAACAGACAAGGACACUGAAGCUCAGGGCCUUAUUUAAACCACCCUGCUUAUUUGUGGCAAAACAUUGUGGCUCUUGAAUACUGCAUUUUUUAAAAGGCUGAUUUUGGAGGUAUAAACGGGAGCCUGAUCUUAGGAAUUAGUUUUGAAUUCCACCACAACCAUGUAAUCUAGACACUUUCUCUAAGGAAGUGGAGUCGUAGAGAGGAGAAGACGUGCCCAAAAUUACACAGCAAGUGUGUGGCUGGGCCCACAUGUUCGGGUAGUGCUGUGCUUGAUGCUGAUGGCUGGAUGAUUGUAUUUUCGUGUAAACACUACACAUUAUAUGAUUUGUUAAAAAAUCACACACCCCUUUCCCGCCUCCUCAUAGCAGGGUGGGCAAGCACUGUGUGCCUAGAAAGGACAUGGGCUUGUGACAGCUCCAACUUACUGGGCUGCCGGGCUGGAGUGGCAGGGUUUGGGCCAGCAGCGUGCAAGGCCACUCCUGCCGCCUGAAAUGACGAGUAUGGGCAGCUGAUGGUAAAAGAUGGACGACAGAGGAAAAGGACAGGUGAGGGGUGGGCAAGAAGGACUGGGGCAUCGUGGAGGCUUAAAGUGUGGACAGAUGCUCAUGCUUGUGAGGGGUCAGGUUGAGGGCUGGUCUCCACAAAGCUGGGAGAUGGGAUGUUGGUGAGUUGCCCCAUCCAACCUGAUCAUGGGCUGUCCCUGUGCUUUCAGGUGUUUGGAUUGGUCAGUCUGUAUCUGGCCCUUCCCAGAAUUGCUGCUCACCCCCCCACACCCCAUCAAGGGGUUGUCUGAGCAGGGACAGGUAGUGGGCAUUCAUCCACAGUGGUGCCUUCUGCUUUUUGGAUCAUUAAGUGUGGGUUUGUCUUCCUAGGCCAGGGAGGCAGCUCAUUGGAUUCAGAAGGAUAGAACCUCGGCUACCAUGCAGCCCUCCUCAGAGUUCUCCAGGGCUGCAAGCCCACAGGGUUGUGUUUACUGGAAGGGUCAGAUUUGUGUCUGCCUUAGCCACACUGUCCCGGGGUUGCCAUGGCUAGAGCUCUGCUGGGGACUGGGGCUGAAGAGACCAU